AUGCCAAUACAAGGAGGAGAAUUAAACUAUAACAAAGAAGAAAACAAGAAGCCAGCAGACGACAAGUCAAAGGCCGAAGACAAGUCUAAAGUAGACGACAAAUCUAAAGCAGAAGACAAGUCAAAGACCGAUGAUAAGUCAAAGACUGACGACAAGUCUAAAGUAGACGACAAGUCAAAGAUUGACGACUCAAAGCUCUCUAAGGGCAGCGCAUCUGGCGCAGGAAUAUCAUCUGCAACUGAAAAGAAGAUAGACUCGCUUUUGCCUAAAACACAGCCUACUAAGCCAACAACGGAAAAGCUAGAGUCUAGCAAGCUAUCAGAUGCCCCAAAACCAGGAAUUGGCUCAAAUGCUACUAAGCCAGGUGAAAAUAAGAUGCCUAGUGCUCCUCCCAAAACCAGCACAACUGGUGCUGCUGCAGGAGCAAUGGGCAUAGGAGGGGCAACAAAGCUAUCCAGUAGCAAUGCACCCAAUUCAUCUAGACCCGCAGGAUCUACUUCUAUGGGAAACGGAGGAGCCAGCACCAACCCAGCCGCACCUGGUGCCAGAAAACCGGUAGAGCCAUCAAACGGACCUACAACUGGCUCAAAUCCAACUGGUGCUGCUGCAUCAUCGUUGUCUGGUAGUGCACCAAGAAACUCACAGGGGUCUAUGAACAGAGACACAUCUGGGUCUAUUCCUGAGGAAGACGAGCCCAACGCUUUCGUAAAGUUCUUUAGAUCAAUUAAAAAUGCAAUUAUGGGAUUCUGCUGUCAAACUGAAGACAGCAUAAGACACGUUGCUUAAUAAAGAGU